CAAACAGAAGGUGACGUCUCCAGCGGCGUGAGGACAGGGCGCCCGGGCCCACGCGACCAGGUCGGCGACUUCCUGGCUUCCCGCGUCACGUGACCCCGCUCGGUUCCUGCCGGUGUGACGUGAGAUCCCGCGGUCCCCUCCAAUGGUGGCUGUCUGACGUCACGCUGGCUGUGAUGUCAUGAGGGAUAAGAAGGGGAGGAGCCUUGACUGACAGAGUUUGCUGACACAAGUUUACUGGGUAAUGACGACUCUCAGCAAAGGAAAUAGCAAAGCGUUGAAGGUAAAACGGGAGCCUGGAGAGAAUGGCACAAGCCUUACAGAUGAGGAAUUGGUCACCAUGUCUGUGCGGGAGUUGAACCAGCAUCUCCGAGGUCUCUCCAAAGAGGAAAUUAUCCAGCUGAAACAGCGCCGACGCACGCUCAAAAACAGAGGCUAUGCAGCCAGCUGCCGGGUAAAGCGAGUGACGCAAAAGGAGGAGCUGGAGAAACAGAAAGCAGAACUGCAGCAAGAAGUGGAGAAGCUUGCCAUGGAGAAUGCAAGCAUGCGCCUAGAACUGGACUCACUGCGCUCAAAGUACGAGGCCCUGCAAAACUUUGCCCGGACUGUAGCUCGCAGCCCCAUUAAUCCUCAAAGGGGACCCUUUAAUCCUGGGAUCAGGCCUCUCAUGCCAGCCAAGGUGGCAGCUACUAGUGUAAUCACCAUAGUCAAGUCCAAAACGGAUGCUUAGUCAUAUAGGGUGUUAGAUGGACCGGACGCCAUUGCUUUGUUGUCCACACACCCCAAAGCACAAACACCCUAAUAUUGCAUUAGCCAGAUAAAAGGCUCCUCAUCUCCAGCUCACAACCAGGCGAAGAACCAGUGGUGCAAGCAGUUGUACCAUAAGCUGUAAGAUUUCUGGUGUUGGGGUUCUGAGUGUGGCAAGGUGGGUUUGAAGCAGCAUUGUAUGAUUUUUGUUGCAGUAAGAGCAGGUGAUAAAUGGUGAGCGUUUUUGUCUCACUGCGUGUUCCUGUGAUCAUGCAUUGUGGAGUACUCAGUCCAGUUUUCAGCCACCCAAAUAAGCCAUUGAACAUCCUGGAGAAUAGGGAAAACUUGUGUGUGUGUGUGUGUGUGCUUGUCAACAUUGUGGCUUCAUAUUCAGACGCAAAAAUAUUCCAAAGGACCUAACACAGCCGUCAGUUUUAUGUCAAAGUGUGCUUCUUGUGCAAGUUAGUGUGUGAUGACAUCUGGCUAACUCACAUGUGGUGGAUCUGUGUGAAUUUGUGCAACUUGACCUCAGUAAAUAGUAUUGUGACUGUCAGUCUGUGCAACAAUGCUCCGUGUCCAUCUGUGCUUGAGAGGUUGUCUUGUUGUUGAGAGUUGUUUGCAGCAUUGUGACAUCACCGUGUUUAGUGUUGUGAUUUCACACUGUGCUGUUGUGGGUUGUUGUGUAGUUUUGUAACUAUAUGACAGUGUAACUUGUAAGCCAGUGCAUAGUGGGGUCACUGUGAUGCUUAGUGAUGUCAAUGUGCAGUAUUGUAAGUCUGUGCCCAGUCUGUAUUGAGGAUUGUAGGACAGUGUAAUUGUUGUGAUUAUUAUUUGGGGUGUGUGGUGUACAGCCCUUGAAGUGAGUGGAUCUACCUAUACCAAGUUCUAGAUUAGGGUUACAUAGCCUGCAGACAUGGUGUUGAUGUUGAUUGAAAUGUCCAACACACUUUGUCCACUGUUAUGAUGCUACGAUGUAUCAGUUGAAUUCAGCGUUACAUUUCUGUAUUUUUUUUUUGUUUGUUUCCAUCACAAGGGUUAAAGACCAAUAAUCGAAAACAUGGUUUCAGAAAUUGGAAACCUUAAAAGAGCAGAAGGGGUUAUGUGUGCAUGAAAUCUACCUUAGAUAAACGUGAUACUCUAUUCAAGACAGAUGAGUUGUUGCCAUGGUAACACUAGAGGUCUGUCUUACAGCAUCUGCAACUGUAAGAUUGAUGGGGGCUCCUUGAAUCCCUUGCAGAUGAAUUCUGUCAUAGAUAACAUUAGAAGAAUUCUAAAUAUUUACGUACCUUUUCUGUUCAAAAUGUAAAAAUAAAUAAUUGUUCUGCUCUUGCAGGCUGAGUGAUGGGAUUGUUAAGCCUAUUCUGCUUUGGAUAGCACAAUAUUCUCAUACCCAGCAGGUUUACGAUGUCAUCUCAAGAUUUGUGUUGUUCACAAGGUCAUGACAAGUAGCUCAUCACCAGCAAUAUUAGCAGUCAGUGGAAAAUGACUUGGUAGUAGGUUUGCUCUUGCAUGAUCUUAAGAGAUAGCGGAAACAUAUGGAGUUUGUUUACUAAACUGUGAAAUGUAGAAAGUUGACAAGAGAGUUACAAAUAUUAAGCUGAAAGGGUGAGUUGGUUACAUUUCAAAAUGUACUGUUUUGGCAUAAUCUUUGAAAUUUCCUCAUUGGCUCUCAUAAUGUCCGUGUUAGAAAAUAAACCCCAAACUUUCUUUCAAUACAGGAUUUUGGAGAUAUGUUGCCCUGCAACAAUAUGUAGCCCCCCAUAAGCAUGAGAGUAAUAGUGCAGCCACAGAUGAUGGGCCAAUGAUGGUCUUAUCCAUGUCUUUGAGCGAUAGUUCAUCAGGGGCGUUUUGAUACUCUUACAGAUUGUGUUUGGAGCAGGUCUCCAGGGGUGCCCCUUAUCUCUCUACUAUGAUUGGACUUUCAAGGAAAUACCUGCUAGUCUAAUUAUUGACAAUAAUACGACAUUCUCAAUCCCAUGUGCCAAAUUCAUGCAGAAUCUGUUUCCUCCAUUUCACAGUGACAGGCCAAUGGUUAAAAUGAUAGAGCAUACGAUUUUUAACAUUUUAUUUUGAUUCCAUAUUUCAAUCUAGCUUGAUUCAAAUAUCAUAAAAUGUACCCCGUCUUGUUAAAUUCAUCCUUGACAUAUUGGUACGCCCUUAUUUCUUUCUUUAACAAAUGUGAUCUGGACAAGUCUUUCGUUUGCAAUGAUCUGCACUGCCAAACUCAUUGAAAGACUUACGAAUAAUAGUUAGUGACUGAGACAGGUUAUAUCUCAAAAGCGCGUGAACCAGUAUUUAUUGCUAAAUUAUUGUAGCAUUUGUAGAUAACAGGAGAAAAAUAUAUUGUGUUAAUUUAUUAUUGUACGUUUUGGGUUACCCAGCUUCUGUCCUCAGGGGUUCCUGACAAAUAGGGAUUUUCGGUCAAACAGCGUGAUUUGAGCAAAGAUUGCCCAGCCAUUUACUAUCGCUGUUUUGGUCAGUCUAAGAUCUCUUGAGGACUCGAGUUAAGCCCCUGUUGUAUAUAAAAUAUGUUUGAUAUAAGGUCUAUUUUAUUUUGUAUAAUGUCAAUAAACCACUUUUCAAAAGUU